AUGACUCGCGGAAACGUCACCAAGGUGUUCUACAAGGGCGAGACCGACGACUUCAUUGUCUUUGUCGAGUCCCCCGAAGAUCUGGCCGCAUGGAAGAAGGAUAAGUCCAUCCCAUUGGCACAAGUGGCGAACGCCUUCCAGGUCAUGGUCACCCACAAGCACGGUGCGCAGGGCCAGCUGGACCGCGCUUCCAAGGCUAGUCUGGAGAACGAGUUCGGCACAUCCAACGAGGACGAGGUCAUCAAGAAGAUCCUCGAUGAGGGCCAGCCUCAGUCUGUUCCGUCCGCUGAGAAAUUUGGAACUCGCAACGAGUCCAUGGGUACCAGACAAGGUCAUCCUACUGCUUAG